AUGAUCUGUCGACUGCUACUUCCGGUUCUCUGUCUCAUUUCUCUUUGUCUUGCCGAUAGUGAUCCUUAUGGCAGCGGACCGACUGGGAUGAAUGUGCAAGUGAGUACCAUUCCAUCUUUUCGGUACGUCUUCUGAUUUCAGAAGGGAAGAGUGGCGAACAUCAUCCUUCCGGAAGCUGCGACCUACAGACGACAGGUCAAAAAUGCGAAAGACCAGACGAUUGAGCACUUGUUGCGAGUGUGCAACGGAAAGAACACAACGAAAUGUGGAUACUGGGAAAAUGUGAAAGUGAGGGGGAAUAGAGUUUCGAUUCAUGACGGAAUGAUUGCAGACGAAGAAGAAGGUGGCGUCCGGAGCGACGGCGUACAACAAAAAGAAGGGAGUGCUCGUGGUGAAGAAAUUUCAGCCGAAGGACGCCGGGACCUACAUGACUGGAGACCGACAAUACUUAUUCGAGACUUUUGUUUAUUGA